CUCUCUUUCACUCAUCAAGUAAUAUUUUUAUUUCACUUCUUUUUAAUUUAGAGUUCAUAAUAAGUUGUGACAAAAAAAAAGAGUUCGUAAAGGAGUUUGUGUUUUGGUUGAGUUAUUGUUUUUAAUACACUGUUUUUAACAACUACUUAUUAUUAUUAAAUAUCUCUUUCGCCUAAACAUGUGUACUGGAAAAUCAUCAUACACAAAAUCCUCACCCAAGUUUGGGAAAACAAGUCCUACUUCUUCUGUACUCUCCCUGGGUUCCAAUGGUAAAGGAAUGACCAAAGUGGAACCACUCAAAGACAGAGCCCAUGACAAAACCAAGGCAGCCGCGGCUAAGAAUGUUACAAAGGCACCAGCAAAAGAGAACAAAAAGCCUCUCGAAUUCAAGCUUCAUUCUGGCGAGAGAGCAGUGAAACGAGCAAUGUUCAACUAUUCGGUUGCAACUAAUUAUUAUAUCAUGAAACUUCAGAAAAAACAAGAAGAAAGGUUGCAAAAGAUGAUAGAAGAGGAAGAGAUUCGUAUGUUGAGGAAGGAAAUGGUUCCAAAAGCUCAAUUGAUGCCUUUCUUCGACCGACCUUUCCUCCCACAGAGAUCGAGCAGACCAUUGACGAUGCCAAAGGAACCAAGCUUUGGAAACGUACACAGCACUUGUUGGACUUGUGUUUUCAACAACCAACACUACCUUUACCAUAUUAACCAUGCUCAUGCUUAAAAUCUCGAGUCACUAGCUCAAUUAGAGGCUUUUCCUAAUUUUCAUUUGAAAAUUUUCUUUUCCACUCUACUUUUAUUUUUGUUCUUGGCAGCUUUUCUAUUUCUUCUUUAAUUUUCUAUCUUCUAUUUUCAGCUUUAAUCUCUUGUAAUUGGUUUUGUAGAUUAAAUAAACGAGCAAAUCCUGAUUUGAAGUAAUAUUGACGACAAAAAAAAC